UUGUUCAUUUAUAAAUCUGACUUCAGAUUUUGAAUGAUAAAAUGAGAUUUUCUUGAUUCACCAGACUCAUUUUAAAACGUUGCUUUGAAAACAAAAACAUGAAAAUGAAACUUAAAUGGGUAGUAAUCAAUAAUUAGCAUUCUCUGUGGAUUACGAAGUUUAAUUAAUUUCAUGUUCAAUUGUGGAACAUAAAUUCAUUGAGUAGGAUAUAAAUAUAUGCGUAUAUUCACGGAGUUAUCAUCUAAAGCUACGCACUACCACAAUGGAGGAAGACGGAAAAGAACACACCUUUAAAAAUAAAUUAGUCCAAGCCUCGCUCAAAAAUGUUCAAAAACAAAGACAACUUGUGAUGGAACUGAAUGAUAUAGAUAAACAAAUGGAAGUGGAGAUGAAAAUAUUAACCAGAGAUAAACUUGACGCUUUAAAGGAAUACUGUCGCUUAGAGGAAGAUAAACGCAAAGUUGAAUACUUAACCGACGACAUGAACGGGGAAUAUCUACAAAGAUACAAUCAGAACAGACGAGGAAAAGAUGAAUUCAUAAAGGAUGAAAAGGAUUAUAAAGAAAAGUUUAACUUUGGAUUCAAUACAAAUAAGAUAUAUGUAAAAUUACCUCCAUUAGAAUUUCCGGAAAUUUUGAAAGAAAAUAAACCACCGGUACCACCGAAAAAGCCCCGUCUUUAUCGAUCGAACUCUUUGAUUAGACAACGAAGUGCGUCUGAAAACAGUGUCCUACAACCUGUUCAGUUCUCUGCUUCUCUGAGAAGAACGAAAACUCCAACACACUACAUGAGUCUACCAGAUAUUAACAAAUUUGACAAAAGUAACAAGAAAAUGCUCCCUAAGAAGAGCAUGCCAGAUAUAGAUGAAAAGUCAGAAAGUGUUCAAUCAAUCAAAAUAUCUGAGACAAACACAGUGCCGCUUCCUCAAUUAGGAGGAAGAUCUCGAACAAUUUAUUAACAUUAUUUGAAAAAGACAAGUGAGGUCACAUACAUGUGUUGUCUGAAAGGAAAAUAUAAAUAAUAACUUGAUAAGGGGUAGAUUCCUGUAUAAAUAUCAAACGUUUCUUUAUUUUCAUUUACAAAACGUAAAAUAUGUGUAUCUCCUGCAUUUUGUGUAAAUCGUAAAAUCAUAUAAG